AUGGUUGACGAGAAUGCAACGAGUCAAGGAGGAAGUAACUACGGCAGCGGUGGAAACCUGCAAAGCGGGCCUCUGCCGGUAGUGACGGAGUCACCGUUCCAAAUCACAGGCAUGCUGGCACCAACACCUUGGUUAACUCCGUCGCCGCCGUGCCCCCUCUGCUUGUCGAGAAACAACUACAUGGAGAAGUAUGUGUUAACGCUUGAAGGCGUUUGUUGCACAAGAGCAACAUGGGUGCCGUGCCUCAACCUCCCUCCGGAGAUACUGCAGUCCAUUCAAACGAUUGAAGAUGUCAGACGGCUGGGCAGGUUUUCAGAAUUGUUCUACGACGCUUACUUGGGAGACACGUUCUUAAUCAAAAGAUGUGCAAGAAUAUCGCUGAAUACCAUGGGAUGGAUGUAUCAUGACGACACAGGUCGUUGGAUCAUGCCACUUCCAGGGCAGACAGUGCUUUCUGAUCGUGGCAUUCAAGGCUGCUUCAUAGAGUUCGAUUUCUUAACGUGGAGUUUGAAGUAUGUCCAGGAUUUCUUUUUUCAGUUCACUUUUGCUGACAGCCUUUUGUAUGUCAACAACCGUCAAAUGUAG